GGGCGGGGCGCUCCGGCCGCGCCGCUCGCUGGUGUCACCUGAGGCGGCGCUGAGGCGGCGAUGGCGGCGCCGAGCGGUCCCAGUUCUGCAGCCCAGGCUCCCCAGCAAACACAGACCCCAGGAUCCCUCAGCCUCCCUCUGCAGUGACCAUCUGUGCCCCUGGACAGAGGCAGGGUCAGGACUGAAGAUGCCUCUCUUCUCCAGGAAGAAGAAACCCAGUGAUGAUGCUCGGAAGCGCCUUGAGUACCAAAUGUGCCUGGCAAAAGAAGCUGGUGCUGAUGACACCCUUGACAUAUCCAGAUGUGAGCUCUCAGAGGUUCCUUAUGGGGUCUUUUCAACCUGCAAGGUCUUGCAAAAAAAGGUGCUGAUUAUUCAUACCAAUAAUCUGACAUCCUUAGUUCCAAAGUCCUGCAACCUCCUGAGUCUCAUAACUGUGAAGGUUCUGGAUCUGCAUGACAACCAGCUGGCAUCACUUCCUGCUGAUAUUGGUCAGCUGACAGCUCUUCAGGUCCUAAACCUUGAAAAGAAUCUUUUAAAAAGCCUUCCACAAUCUAUAGGAGACCUCGCACAGCUCCAGGUCCUCAAUGUGAAAGGGAACAAGCUGAGGGAGCUGCCCGGGAGCGUGAGCGGCCUGCGGAGUCUGCGGGCUCUGGAUGUCAGCGGGAACGAGCUGCAGGAGCUGCCCCGGCUGCUGGCCCACGCCCGCACCCUGCAGACGCUGACCCUGGAUGCCUCUGCCAUGACCUACCCACCCCCUGACAUCUGCAGUGCGGGUACAGAGGCCAUCCAGCAGUUCCUCUGCAAGGAGUGUGGAAUUGCAUACUACCCUCCCUCACAGUACCUGCUCCCCACGCUGGAGAGUGAUGGAGGAGGAACUUCAGUGGAUGGGGUGGACAGGACAGUGCAGAAGUACCUGGAGGAGGAGAGUGAGUGGCAGAACAAAUUCUUGGAUUAUGAGAAGAGGAAGGAAAGAAAAACGCAGGAAAAGCUGGAAUUUGAGCGGCGCCUGAACAUGGGGCAGCGAGAACAGGCCCUGCUGGUGCAGCAGCUCGGCAGCCACAAGGAUGAGAUCCUGCAGACAGUGAGGGAGGAGCAGCAGAGGCUGGAGCAGGGUCUGUCGAAGCACCAGCGCUCUUUGGAGGAGGAGAGGCUGAAGCUGCUGCAGCAGCUGAAGGACACAGAGCAGGGCAUCGCCAGCCGGAUCCAGAAGCUACUGGAGGAUAACCAGAGGCAAAAACGAAGUUCAGACAUUUUGAAGUCCUUGGAGAAUGAGAGAAUCAGGAUGGAACAGCUGAUGGCAAUAACCCAGGAGGAGACGGAGCAGCUGCGCAGGAGGGAAGUGGCCUCUGCCAUGCAGCAGAUGCUGGCUGAGACCUACAAGAACAAGCUCCUCCAGACGACCUCCGAGUCUCGUCGGGAGGACCUCGUCAGCCAGGCCUGCUCCAGCCUAGCUGAGAUGGAUCAGAAGUUCCAGCAAAUCCUGGCUUGGCAGCAGCUGGAUCAGAACAAAGCUGUCAGUCAGAUCUUGCAGCAGAUUGAGAUGCAGAAAACUGCCUUUGAAGCUCUCCAGGUGAAGAAGGAUCUUAUGCACAGGCAGAUUAGGAACCAGAUUAAAUUAAUAGAAACAGAAUUAUUGCAGCUGACGCAGCUGGAAUUAAAGAGGCAAGAACUGGACACAGAGAUGCUGCAGGAGGCGGUCACGGAGCAGCGCCGGGCGCUCGGCUGCCUCCUGCAGCAGCUGCUCAAGGAGAAGAAGCAAAGGGAGGAAGAACUGCAACAAAUCCUGCUGGAAAUGGAGGCAAAGAGUGAAACCAAGCAGGAGAACUACUGGCUGAUCCAGUACCAGCGCCUGCUGAACCAGAAACCACUCUCCCUGAAACUCCAGGAGAAGGGUUUGGAGCAGCAGCUGGUGACCCUGCUGCUGGAGCUCUCUGCUGAGCAGUACGUGCCAAUCUUCGCUCACCACCGAAUAUCCCUGGAGACGCUCGGCACCAUGAGCACCAGUGACCUGGAGAAGCUCGGUGUGACGGAGGCUGGUCUGCAGCGUGCCAUCCUCAGGCGGACUCAGGAGAUCCUGGCUGUGGCCACGACCAGCCCAGAGCUGCGGAGGGCAGAGAACACCGGGGUCCCUGCGGCCCCAGAGCCCAGCGCUCCCCUGGAAGAGCCCCCGGGCCCCGCGGUCCCCACGGCCCCACCGUGGGACGAGAAGAAGUCGGAGUGCGUUGUGUGCAUGGAGCAGGAGCCCCAGAUGAUUUUCCUGCCCUGUGGCCACGUCUGCUGCUGCCGGGGCUGCUGCGAGCAGCUGCACUCGUGUCCCCUGUGCCGCCAGGACAUCGCCCAGCGCAUCCGCAUCUUCCACAGCGCCUAGGCCGGCCCGGAGGCGCGGCCCCGCUCCCGGCCCCGCUCCCGGGCUGUUCCCAUUGCUGCUCAUGCCCCUGUCAACAGCCCUCGGCAGCACGGCCAGCACUGUCCUCCCCGUGCCGGGAGCCUCAGCAUCCUCCCAGCCCCCAGCUGGGGCUCCUUCAGUGAAUCCCCUCCUGCUGCCUGUCCUGUCUGCUGAGGUGUUUGCUGUCAGAAAGGCCUCUGGGGCUCACACGGGGAGUGCUUCCAGCAGUGCUGCCCGGAUGUGAGGGAAUUUCCCAUGGGAGCAUUCGGGCAGGACGUGCUGUUCUUCGUGUACUGACACUGCCUUGCACAUCUGUCAUGCCAAAGGUCUGGGGCUCUGCUCUGGAGCCCACAGGAGCGUGUGUGGCUCUGCAGCCUCGGGCAGGGCAGAGCCAGGAGCUCCCCAGUUCCUCUCAUGUGGGAGGGGAGAGAGCAAUGCUGCUGGAGGGCCAGAGGAGCCCAGUGGGGUCCCCAGCCACAAACCAGGUAGGGAGCAGAAAGUGCUGCUGCCACCGCACAGCACUGAGGCAGGGCUGGGGCUGUGCCCAGCUCAGGACCACGGUGUGUCUGCACCGGGCUGUGGGGACUGCUCCAUUGUCACUGGUUAGUAACAAUUCCUGUCUGUGCCUCGGCUCUUGACCCUGAAAUAUAAAAAUGCUGCUUCGAGCCCAGUCCACCACAGCCUUCCCCAGGAGCAGCCAUUAAACUGCAGCUGGUUUCUGC